UGGAGAGCGCCCCGCCCGGCGCCCUCCCGGUCCCCGCGCCCUCCCCGCCGGGGGACGCUGUCCGUAGCUCCGUGCGCGUCGGGCCUCACCGGGAGGGCGCGCAGCGCGGGCGGCGACUGGAGAGCAGCGCGGGCGGUGGAGGUGAUGACGGCGGCAGCAUGGAGUUCCCGGAGCACAGCGGCCGGCUGCUGGGCCGCCUGAGGCAGCAGCGCGAACUGGGCUUCCUGUGCGACUGCACCGUGCUGGUGGGCGACGCGCGCUUCCCUGCCCACCGCGCGGUGCUGGCAGCUUGCAGCGUUUACUUCCAUCUCUUCUACAGGGACCUGCCGGCAGGCAGCCGCGACACGGUGCGGCUCAACGGCGACAUCGUGACGGCGCCCGCCUUUGGCCGUCUGCUGGACUUCAUGUACGAGGGCCGCCUGGACCUGUGCAGCCUGCCUGUGGAAGACGUGCUGGCGGCAGCCAGCUACCUGCACAUGUAUGACAUUGUAAAGGUCUGCAAGGGCAGGCUGAAGGAGAAGGACCGGGAGCUGGACCUGCAGACCCCUGCGCCUGGGGCAGAGCUUCCUGGCAGGCCACCAUGUCCCCUGUCUGCAUGGACCCCUGAUGUCUGCCCAGCUGCCCAGAAGGCCAAGCUUCCUAGAGUAGGGAUCAAAGCUGCAACUGGGCCUCCUCCUUGGCAGGCCCUAGGACAGUCAGAGGGGGCCCUGGACCUGUCCUUGAAGCCUGGCCCAAGACAGGAGCCAGUCCAUCCACCCUUCAUCCUACAGACACCCCUCCGCAGCCGGAUGCAGCAAGGGGCCCAACCACUGGUGAAGGAGGAGCAGAAUUCACUGCCUGAACAGGAAGAUAGAAGUGUCCUUCAGAACCCCUGCAUCCCGCCACAGCCAGCCAGCGUUCCUGCAGCCCGGGAUCUGGCGGUGGACUUGGAGCCGCUGCCCAUCCUUGGGGCAGGCAGCCAGGAGCUCGAGCAGGAUGCUGAGCGGGUGGUGGGCAUGGAGGAGCUGGGCCCUGGGGGGCAUCUCUGCAUCUGCCCACUGUGCUGCAAGCUGUUCCCCAGUGCCCAUGCACUCCAGCUGCAUCUCAGUGCUCACUUCCGUGAGCGGGAUAGUGCCCGGGCCCGGUUCUCACCCGACAGCGCUGUGCCCACAUGCACGCUCUGCAGCAAGACCUUCUCAUGCACGUACACCCUGAAGAGGCAUGAGCGGACACACUCGGGGGAGAAACCCUACACGUGUGUGCAGUGCGGCAAGAGCUUCCAGUACUCCCACAACCUGAGCCGGCAUGCCGUGGUCCACACCCGCGAGAAGCCACACGCCUGCCGCUGGUGUGAGCGCCGUUUCACGCAGUCUGGGGACCUAUACCGCCACAUCCGCAAGUUCCACUGUGGCCUUGUCAAGUCCCUGCUGGUGUGAUGCAUUCCCUGGGGCCCUGAGGUCAGUGGGAGAAAAGGGGCAGGGCCCUUCCAGGUGGGACGGGGAUGGAGUCAGAGUCUGGACAGGUGAGGCCCAAGGCUGCCGGCUCUGGAGCAGGCGGGUGGCUCAUAGCCUUCCUCCUUCCAGGCGCCCACCGCCUCCACUCCCCUGCCCCUGUGGUUGCUCCCUGCAGUUGUGCCCCCACCAGACCCCUCCAGCCAUGUCCCAGAGGUGUUGACUGGCACAUGCUUGGGCCUGGGCUCCUUGGUGUGAGGCGGCUCAGGGGUCCUGUGUCUUGGUACUUUGAGACAACCCUCUGGCAUGCUCAGGGGUGUCCUCGUGAGCCUGGUGCCAUGGUAGGGGAAUGACUUGUGUAUCAGAAAGGUCAGUGAGUCCACAGCAGGGUGUUCAGAGGACAGGUCACUCCUGGGGAGUGCCAGCAGGGACUGCCUGGGUAGAGCUGGUAUCCCAGGGGGUGAGCCCUACAGGGGCCCUGGGGCAGCCAGAGAGCCUACUAAAACUGAGUGUUAUUGUCAGCUAUUGGAGUUAUUGUUACAGAGUGAAUUUCAGAGCAUGUGGCGCUGACCACACUGUAACUUUGGACAGAGAAAGUAGGAAUUUUGAAAUGGAUUCUCUUUAGAUCCAGAAAGAGCUUCCUACGACUACCAGAUGUCUGCCAGAGGGAAGGAGGCCUGAGAACCACACAGGGUGCCUCCUCGCAGCCCUGGGGUGACGAGGGAGCUGACAGUGGCAGUCACUACAGGAGCCAAGCUCUGUGUGUUGGAGGUGCUGCUGGGAUAAGGGUCGCUUUCCUCCGAGGGAAGGGUCUCCCCGGAGCUGUGGUUACUGAGCACAUGGUCGACGGCUGCCCUGCUUCAGCAGGAACAGUGUUUGCAGAGCCCCCUUUCCCUGUGGGGCAUGGCAGGAAUGGCCGUCACAUGGAAGGGGAGGCAGGCGUCUUGUGGGCUGGAGCCAUAGCACCCCCACCCGCCAUGGCUGCUGGCCUUGAAUGUGAAGGGCCACCCUUGCCCUAUCCUCUGCCCUACCCCUGCAUUUGCAGUUGUUCCGGGUUGAGCUGCUUCACCCACCUACUCACCAAGUGAAUCUUGUGGCCAGAACCUCAAGGGUUGCAACAAGUGGGUGGGGCAGUGCCACAGUGACUCUGGCCUCAGGCCAGCAGGUGGCAGAGCUGCCGGACAUCUGGCUUUCCCUAGACCACUGGGCUGCUUCUGCUGGGAUUGGAAGUGGCCCGGAGUCUAGCUAAGUCUAAGUUAUUGUUUCUUCUCCUGAUAACACUUGAUGUUGUAUUUAUUCGUCUGCCUGCUCUACAGUGAAAUGACAGCUGGCCUUCUCAGAGGGUGGACAGAUCAUAGAUCACCUCCCUGCAGGGUCUGGCCUCUCCUGGUGUGUCCGCUGCUGGCCUGGAGGCCAGUGCCUCUCAGUCAUGCCAUAGUCUCCCCGCACUGUGGGCUGGCUGCAGUCUGGAGAGAACUGGGGGACGAGGAACCAGCUUCUGAUGAUCUUGGCUCCCGCCACCAACCUCUAGAAGGGCUGGGGGACUUUGUGCUGUGCUGUGCCCAUGACCUGGAGUUGCCGUGUGCAUGGGCAUGUGUGUGCAUGCACAUAUGUGUGCAUUUGGUAAGUCCAGUACCUGGCAGAGCUAGGUCUAGCCAGCAGCCCUGCCAAUAAUCAGCUGUUCCUCCACCAGAGCAGGAAAACGGCUGCCUUGCUGGUUUCCCUGAGAGCUCUCCUGGGGCAGGGAAGCCUGCCCUGAGUCACCAACACUGGAGUCCUUGUCCUCUGUGCAGCUGUGUGUAAAGAGAAGGGGUGGGUUUGAUCUGCAGCCGGCAGUCAGGUGAUUUGCACGUGUACAUACCCACAUCUGAACCCUACUCAUGUGCUACAGUGUGGACCAGGCACAUGGAGCACUGGUUGAGGGGCCCAGGGCCAGCCCAGCCACCUGCCAUGGGCACCCUGCUGCUCUGCCCCAGAGGGAUGGGAGGGCACCCCUGUAGGACGGCUCUUCCUGCUGGGCGCUUGGCUGGGAGGUUUUGUUUGCAGGUCCCUGCCGUGGCCAGCGUGUGCCUGUCGUGGAGAUGAGUGCUGUUUUCCGUUUUCAUGACAUCAUGGUGUCACAGUGACAAUGGAAUAAAACCCA